AUGGCACCUACAACCCCCACCCCCAAACGCGGCAUCGUCUCUUAUGGCUCCUACAAAACCGGCGGCUGGAAGCUGCAAGACAUCACCCUGCGCCCCGUCCAAGAGAAGGAGCUAGUCGUCGAGAUCGUCGCCUCGGGAAUCUGCCAGACAGACCUGCACUUCGCCGGCGCCGAGUCCGGCCCCGGGAUCCAUUACCCCAGAAUCAUGGGACACGAGGGCGCCGGCUACGUCCGCGAAGUCGGGCCCGGCACAACCGCCGCGCAAGUCGGCGAUCCGGUGAUCCUCUCGUUCUCCGCCUGCAACGACUGCGAGCCGUGCGCGCGGGGCCACCCGGCGCACUGCUUCCACUUCGACGCGAUCAACUUCGACGUGUCGUGGGACGACACACGGGUGUUCACCACGCCGGGCGACCAAACCCCCGAGGCCAUCUAUGGCAAGUUCUUCGGGCAGUCGAGUUUCAGCAACUGCUCGAUUGUGCGCGAGGACUCGGUGGUCAACGUGCGCGGGCUGGUCGAGUCGCGGGCGGAGCUGCAGCUGCUGAGCCCGCUGGGGUGCGGGAUCCAGACGGGCAGCGGGGCGAUCCUGCGUGCGGGACAGGCGGGCGCGGACGACCGCGUCGCGGUGCUGGGGCUCGGCGGGGUCGGGCUGAGCGCGGUGAUGGGCGCGCGCAUCGCGGGCUGCAGGCAGAUCAUCGGGGUGGACCGGCAUGCGUCGCGGCUGGAGCUGGCGAGGCAGCUGGGGGCAACGCAUGUCGUGCGGGUCGACCCGGCGGAUGAUAUAGGGGCAGUGUCGGAGGCGGUGCUGGCGAUGACGGGCGGUUUGGGGACGAAUAUCACGCUGGAUACGACGGGGGUGCCGCCGCUGAUUGCGCAGGGGGCGCGCAUGACGGCGUGCAAGGGGAAGGUGAUGCAGGUGGGCACGGCGCCGCCGACGGCGACGCUGGAGGUUCCGAUUCAUGAGUUUAUGGUUACGGGGAAGCAGUUUAUGGGGGUGGUGGAGGGGGAUGUGAAGCCGAAAGAGUAUGUGCCGCAGAUGGUGAGUUGGGUGCGCCAGGGGCUGCUGCCGUUGGAGAAGAUUGUCAAGUUCUAUCAGGCAGAGGAGUUUGAACGGGCGAUUAAGGAUAUGCAGUCUGGGGAGACUAUCAAGCCAGUGAUUCUUUGGUAG